GCGAGCCAGCGAGCGAGCGCCGGGCCGCGGCCGCGCCUUCCGCUCCCGGCCCGAGCGAGCCCGCCGCCCGUUCGUUCCCCCGCCGCCGCCGCCGGGCCCGGCCAGAGCCUGCAGCGGAGCCCACGAGAGUCAGCGCCAUGGCGGAGCAGACCUACUCGUGGGCCUAUUCCCUGGUGGAUUCCAGUCAAGUGUCUACAUUUCUGAUUUCCAUUCUACUUAUAGUCUAUGGUAGUUUCAGGUCCCUUAAUAUGGACUUUGAAAAUCAAGAUAAGGAGAAAGACAAUAGCAGUUCUUCUGGGUCUUUCAAUGGCAACAGCACCAAUAAUAGUAUCCAAACUAUUGACUCUACCCAGGCCCUGUUCCUUCCAAUUGGAGCAUCUGUCUCUCUCCUAGUAAUGUUCUUCUUCUUUGACUCAGUUCAAGUAGUUUUUACAAUAUGUACAGCAGUUCUUGCAACAAUAGCUUUUGCUUUCCUCCUCCUCCCGAUGUGCCAGUAUUUAACAAGACCCUGUUCACCUCAGAAUAAGAUUUCCUUUGGUUGCUGUGGGCGUUUCACUGCUGCUGAAUUACUAUCAUUCUCUCUGUCUGUCAUGCUUGUCCUUAUUUGGGUUCUCACUGGCCAUUGGCUUCUCAUGGAUGCCCUGGCCAUGGGUCUCUGUGUCGCCAUGAUCGCCUUUGUCCGCCUGCCCAGCCUCAAGGUGUCCUGCCUGCUUCUCUCAGGGCUUCUAAUCUACGACGUCUUUUGGGUGUUUUUCUCUGCCUACAUCUUCAAUAGCAAUGUCAUGGUGAAGGUGGCCACGCAACCGGCUGACAAUCCCCUUGACGUUCUAUCCCGGAAGCUCCACCUGGGGCCCAAUGUUGGGCGCGAUGUUCCUCGCCUGUCCCUGCCUGGAAAACUGGUCUUCCCAAGCUCCACUGGCAGUCACUUCUCUAUGUUGGGCAUUGGGGACAUCGUGAUGCCUGGACUCCUGUUGUGCUUUGUCCUUCGUUAUGACAACUACAAAAAACAAGCCAACGGUGACUCCUGCGGUGCCUCGGGACCCGCCAAUAUCUCCGGACGCAUGCAGAAGGUCUCCUACUUUCACUGCACCCUCAUUGGAUACUUUGUAGGUCUGCUCACUGCAACCGUGGCGUCCCGCAUUCACCGAGCGGCCCAGCCCGCCCUUCUCUAUUUGGUGCCAUUCACCUUAUUGCCGCUCCUCACGAUGGCCUAUUUAAAGGGUGACCUUCGGCGAAUGUGGUCUGAGCCAUUCCACUCCAAGUCCAGCAGCUCCCGAUUCCUGGAAGUAUGAUGGAUCCCAGAGAGUGACCAGAAUGGCCAUCUGAGUCCUUUUCUGUCAACGCGUGGUUUUGUUUCCUCUUAGAGCUGGCCUGGUACUUGGAGAUGUACCUGUAUAAGGAACUGACGUGUGACUGGAUUUUGCGUUUGCAGGGAGCUUGUUUGCAGGAGCGAGGUGCUGGAGCCCUGCUUGGUUCUUUCUCUUCCUGCCGUUGUAGAGGCGGAUCCCCUCCUGAAGUGACAGGCCCUCCCCAGCGCUCCUUCCUCCCCCGUUUUUAUGAACCUGCACCAGACUGUUACCUGUGGGGGUUGGAGAUAUGACUGUUUAAAACUGACCACGGCGAGGAGUCGUUCUCUACCUUUUGAACACUAAAAGGAUGAAAAAUAUUAGCAAACCGAAGUUUCUUCAGUGAACCCUCAAGAACUUUGGGACCAGUUUCCUAUGGGGGACUCCGUUUCAGAGAACUGAGACAGAAGAGCUUCUGUCGUUAUAUUCUUUCCUUUUUCUGGAUUUAUUAAAUAUUUUCUGUGGUGUGAAGUGACUUAUUAAAUCCACAGACAUUGAGUGACUUCUUACAACAUACACAAGAAUUUGUUGUAAUGAGUUCAUGUCCACCCAGAUGUUGUGUUGGCAGUGAACAAGGGCACGGUUUUUAUACAUACACACACGCACACAUCAAUAUAUAUGAAUAAACAAGAAUUAAAACCUGCUAAGAUCAUGCUGUGUAGCAGACAGGGACUUGCUGUAAUUUUUAGCAUGUAGAGCAGUUUACUCCGGCUUCCUUGUAUAUGGAUACGCUGCUGUCUCUCCCCUCCACAACUGAACGUGCAGUUAAAAACCAGUAUAGUAUUCGUACUGAUAUACUCAUGGACUUCCGGGGGCUCUCGUUUGGUUUUGAUCAGUGUAGCCAAUUAGGGAUGAAAAGUUCAAACUUUUUGGCCCUUUUGUUUUGUUUUUACAGGCUUCUCCCUUGCAGGGUUUUUAGUAGUUUCUUCUUGAACCAAUGCAUGUAAUAUAGCAGCAGGUGUCUUUGUGCUUUCUGAUCAUAGUAAUGUACUACUUGUAAAUACAUUUUUCUAUUUUCUA